AUGCUUUUUUUUUCAUAUAGGCCAACACCAUCAAAUAAUGUUGUUGAUACAACAUCACAAUUAUCCUCUGGAUCAUGGGUGAUGACAUUAGCAGAAUGCCAAGGCAAAACAGUUGAUAAACAUUUAUCAUUUCAAAAAGGUGAAUUUAUUCUUGUACGAGAACAAAAAGAUGCAACAUGGUAUAGUGGUCAGCUUAAUAACAAAAUUGGUUGGUUUCCACGAAAUUAUGUUCGACCAGCAACUGAAAUUGAGAUAGAAAAUAAUAAAAAUUUAACAAAGAAAGCAUCAAUAAGUGAAAAAUCUUUGAAUUUACCAACUUCUAAUGAUCAAUCAUCAAAUGAUGUCGAUAAUGGUGAUGUAUAUGAAGCUAUUUAUUCAUAUGAAGCAACUGAUCCAUCAGAUUUAUCAUUUGAUAUUGGUGAACGUGUUAUUGUAUUAAAACGUGAUCGUACAGGAUUAUUUCCAAAUAAUUAUGUUCACAAAGCUAAUAACAUACAAGAAACAGCCAUUGCAAUAACAUCAUUUCAAGCUACAGAAGAAAAUCAUUUAUCAUUUGAACAAGGUCAAAUUAUUUAUAUAACCAAAAAAGAUGAUAAAGGAUGGUAUCAAGGAGAAAUUCGACUUCCUGAUCAACCAGUACGUGUUGGUUGGUUUCCUGAAUUACCUCAAUAUAUUGCUAUAUUUCCAUAUGAAGCUCAACAAGAUGAUGAAUUAAGUUUUCCAGCUGAUGCUAUUUUAGAAAUAUUACUUGAAGCUAAUACUAGUGGAUGGUUUAAAGCUCGUUUUGGUGAUCAAGUUGGUUUAAUUCCAUCGACUUAUGUACAACCAAUUGAUACGCAUAGUCAAUCUUCAUCUAUUCCAUGUGAACUUUCUUCAAAAAUAAUUCCAUGUACACCGACAACAGCUGAUUCAGUACAACAUCCAUUUUGUGAUGAUUCAACAAUUACAUUAAUUGCUGAUUCAUCAACAUUAAUAACUGAUAUAUCAUCUCAUGAAACAUUAAAUAAUUCAUCAUGUAUUUCAGCUAUUCGAGAAUUAAUUGAAACUGAACAACGCUAUGUUAAUGAUCUACGUAUUGUUGCUAAUGAAUUUAUUAAACCAUUAAGUAAUGGUCGAAUUUUAAAUGAUUAUGAAAUUGAACAAUUAUUUAAACAAGUACAAUAUAAAGAACAUAUAGUCACAUCAAAUACUGAUAUAUCUAUUCGAACACCUCGUUCAGUAUCUAUAUCAAAUAUUGCAACGAUUGCACAAGUACCAAUUAACUAUGUUGAUGAUAAACGUCCUCAGUCAUUGAUUCCUCAAAUAUGUGAUUCACCUCCUGUUCGUCAAUUAAAAUAUCAUAGUGGAACUGAACAUAUUUAUCGUUCGCCAUCGGCUAAUAAUUUAACAGUAAUAUGUCCAAUAAGUAUUGAACGUUCAGAUGAUAAUAUUGUUCCACAAUCAACUCAUUUAUCAUCAACUAUGACAAUAAAUGAAUCUACACAAAUAGGUGAAAUUCUUUGUUCAUAUUUACCAUAUAUGGCUGAUACUUAUUUUCAAUAUUGUAAUAGUCGUUCACAAGCUGAUAAAUAUUUACAAUCAAAAGCUGAUUUAAAUGAACAAUUUCGUUCAUAUUUAAAUAUUUUUCAAAAUAAAACAGGUGGUUUAUCAUUAAAUGGUUUUUUAACAAAACAAAAUACAACGUCAUAUGAAUGUGCACGUCAAUUAAAUGAACGAAUAAAUAAACAAAUAUGUGAACAAGAAAAUAGUUUACGUUUAGAUUGGUUACAACAACAUGUUAUAUUAAAUACAGAUGAAAAUUCUACAGAUAGAUAUGUAUUUGAUGAAUUAAUAAAAUUUAAUUCAAUAACUAGAUUUCAUAAACAACGACAAUUACUUUUACAUGGUUUUCUAAUGAAGCUAUUAUUAUUAGCUGAUAUUAUUGUUGCUAAUGAAAUACCUAAUGAUCAAUUAAGUUUUUCUAUUAUAAUGAAAAUUAAUGAAAAAUCAUUGAUUUUAAAAUCUCAACACACUAACAUUCAUACAUUAUGGGUACGAACGAUUAAUAAUGCUCUAGAAGAAUAUCAAGUAACAGAAAAAUUAAUUUUAACCGAUAAAGCAUUGUUUACUGUCAUAAAUCAUGAACAUGAUUCACAAGCUGCUGUUGCGCAUCUUGUUCUCGUUAUAAUAGAAGCUCGUGAUUUAAUAUCACCAACGACAACAGUUGAACGACAUCGUUCUUUAAAUCCCUAUUGUGAAAUAACUGUCGGUUCAUUAACAUUAAAAACUCCAUUUAUGAAACGAACAAAUAAUCCAAAAUGGAAUACAUCUAUACAAUUCUCUCUAUAUGAUUUUGCUAAAGAUAUUAUACAUAUUAAUAUAUUUGAUAAUGAAUUUUUUUCACCGAAUGAAAAUAUUGGUUAUACAUCAAUACAUCUCAUAGAUAUCUUACCAUGUUCACUUGACAUAUUUCUUACUCCACCAUUACAACCAUUUAC